AUACAAGCCCGCCCCUACCUACGCCCCGCCCCUACCCUGCCUACAAGCCUGCCCAGCCUACAAGCCUGCCCGUCCUAUGAUGCUCCUGCUAAGUACGACUUCGCGUGGGCUGUGAAGGACGACUACUCCGGGAACGACUACGGCCACCAGGAGUCCCGCGACGGCUACAACACCCAGGGGUCCUACUACGUGCAGCUUCCCGACGGUCGCCUGCAGAAGGUCACCUACCACGUGGACGGCGACUCUGGCUUCGUGGCCGAGGUCACCUACGAAGGAGAGGCCCAGUAUCCUGCCUACGAGCCUGCUUAUAAGCCCGCACCAUCCUACAAGCCUGCACCUGCCUACAAGCCCGCCCCUGUCUACGGCUGAACUCUUACUCUUCCCCCCGAAAAAAAACCCUGUGAUAUUUAUUACCAAUAAAGUAAAUAGAGACACGCCAUAAACCCUAUUUGCUCUGACCUCGAUCAUUAGCUUUGCUGCAAUGGAAGCACGUUGCCGAGAGCGGUCUUGAAUCGUUGCGGUCUGCGGACGCCAAGACUCGAAGAUGGGGUUUGCGGUGUGGGGUUUGCAAGCCGGAGGUCGAGGCACCUUCUCGGGCCGUCGGGUGGUCGCUGCUGAGGUCUGGGGGCUGCGGGGU